GUCUGACCCGGGUUUAAAAAAUGACUUGUUUAUUCUCGGAGCGAAGAAGAAGAAGAAGCAGCUGGAGGGUUUGUUCAGUGUCGUCAGGCUGAGGCGGACUGAGGAGGACCCUGUUCGGACCUGGACUUUAAAGAGGUUUCUGUGGUUUUACUGGUUCCAGUUUUUCCGCCUCAUCAACUCACCCACAACAACUACAACUGCACACAGCUCCUCCCACUCCUCUGACAUCACAGCGAGGGACUCGAACCUGUGACACAUGAGCCUCGCCCACGACCAGGUGAGGAGGAGAAGGGUCUGAGGAUGCUGCCCUGGACCGCUGACGACCACAACAAGAAAACACCUGAGGAGGAGGAGGAGGAGGAGUACGCCCUUCCUCUUCCUCUCGUUACCAUGACGACCUCAAAGGAUGACCAAUCAGAGGCCACGGUGAGCCCCUCUGUGAAUCAGGAGGUCAGCUCAGACUCAGGGGAGGAGACAGGGGCGGCGCUGUCGGACUCUAACCGGGAGGGGUUACUGUGGCAACAGAGGGAGGAGGAGGAGCGGGACGAAGAGGAGAUGCAGGCGGUGGCCUCGUCUCCCGAUGGACGAUUCCUCAAGUUCAACAUCGAGAUCGGACGAGGAUCCUUCAAGACGGUUUACAAAGGUCUGGACACGGAGACCACGGUGGAGGUGGCCUGGUGUGAACUACAGACCCACCGUCUGAACAAGGCGGAGCGGCAGCGCUUCUGCGAGGAGGUGGAGAUGCUGAAAGCUCUGCAGCAUCCCAACAUCGUCCGAUUCUUCGACUCCUGGAAGUCGACACUGAAGGGCCACAAAUGCACCAUCCUGGUGACGGAGCUCAUGACAUCCGGGACCCUCAAAACGUACCUGCGCAGGUUCCGUCAGAUGAAGCUGAAGCUGCUGCAGCGCUGGAGUUUCCAGAUCCUGAAGGGGCUACAGUUCCUGCACUCGCGCUGCCCCCCCAUCCUGCACCGAGACCUCAAGUGUGACAACAUCUUCAUCACCGGGCCCACUGCCUCCGUCAAGAUUGGAGACCUGGGCCUCGCCACGCUCAAGAAGGCCUCAUUCGCCAAGAGCGUCAUUGGGACCCCGGAGUUUAUGGCUCCAGAGAUGUACGAGGAGAAGUACGAUGAGGCGUGGAUGUCUAUGCCUUUG